GCUCUCCUGCAGGCUGCGUGGCUUCCCGACAACAAAACCUCAACUUUAAACAGUGUUUUCUUCUUUUUUAAUGCAUAUUUAAUCCCGAAACUCGCACCGCAGACACAUGGAUCAACCAUUCCCCGACACUUCAGGAAAUUAUGCAGUUUUAAACCCGGAAUGUGUCUAAAUUAACUUCAAACAACUCAACAACGGAACAAGUCAACAUACCCGGAUCAACCGUGCUCAGUGCGCCUAUCAAGGUCCAAGUCAAGAUGUCUGUCAGUAAUCAUGAAAACAGGAAGUCUCGCUCUAGUUCCGGCUCCAUGAAUAUCCACCUCUUCCACAAAACAUCCCACGCCGACAGCCUGUUGACUCAGCUCAACCUGCUGCGCAAACGAAAAGUCUUCACAGAUGUUAUCCUGAAAGCGGGGAACAAAUCCUUCCCCUGCCACCGGGCCGUCCUCGCCUCCUGCAGCCGAUACUUCGAGGCGAUGUUCAGCGGCGGGCUCAGAGAAAGUCGCGACGCCGAGGUCGACUUCCACGACUCCCUCCACCCAGAGGUGCUGGAGCUCCUGCUCGACUACGCCUACUCCGCUCGGAUCCUCAUCAACGAGGAAAACGCCGAGUCGCUCCUGGAGGCCGGCGACAUGCUUCAGUUUCACGACAUCCGGGACGCAGCGUCUGAGUUUCUGGAGAAGAACCUGGAUCAGUCGAACUGUUUUGGGAUGAUGCUGCUGUCGGACGCGCACCAAUGCAUGAGACUUUACGAGCUGUCGUGGAGGAUGUGCCUGGCGAACUUUGCUACACUUUUCAAAACAGAGGACUUUCUCAGCCUGCCCAGAGACAAAGUCCAGGAGCUGAUCUUGAGCGAGGAGCUGGAGGUGGAGGAUGAGUGCCUGGUGUACGAGGCUGUAAUCGACUGGGUCAAAGCGGACAUGGAGCACCGGCACAGUGAACUUCCCGAACUGCUGCGAUGCGUCCGCUUGGCUUUGCUCCCCGAGACGUAUCUGCUGAAGAACGUGGCCUCGGAGGAGCUGGUGAUGUGCCAUAAAGUGGGUCGGGAGAUCGUGGAAGAUGCUGUACGGUGCAAAAUGAGGAUCCUGCAGAACGAUGGUAUUGUGACGGGGUUCUGCGCCCGGCCGAGGAAGGUGAGCCAGGCCCUGCUGCUGCUGGGAGGACAGACGUUCAUGUGUGAUAAAGUCUACAUGAUCGACAACAAGACGAAGGAGAUCACGCCCAAAACAGACAUCCCCAGCCCCAGGAAGGAAUGUAGCGCCUGUGCUAUUGGAUGCAAGGUUUAUGUUACUGGAGGACGUGGCUCUGAGAACGGGGCCUCCAAAGACGUCUGGGUCUACGACACGUUACACGACGAGUGGUCCAAAGCCUCCCCGAUGCUUGUAGCCAGAUUCGGACACGGGUCGGCGGAGCUCGACCACAUGCUGUACGUCGUCGGAGGACACACUUCUCUCGCAGGAUCUUUCCCCGCAUCUCCAUCUGUGUCUCUGAAGCAGGUGGAGCAGUACGACCCUCAAACCAACAAAUGGACGCUGGUGGCUCCGCUCCGAGAAGGGGUGAGCAACGCUGCCGUCGUUGGUGCCAAAAACAAACUCUUUGCUUUUGGGGGAACCAGUGUGAACAGGGACAAAUACCCCAAGGUCCAGUGCUUCGACCCCUGCGAGAACCGAUGGACCGUGCCCGCUUCCUGCCCACAAUUGUGGCGCUACACUGCUGCAGCCGUGGUGGGAAAUCACGUGGUGGUGAUCGGAGGCGACACUGAGUUCUCCGCCAGUUCUGCUUACCGGUUCAACAGCGAGACGUUCCAGUGGACGAAGUUCGGAGACGUCACGGCCAAACGGAUCAGCUGCCAUGCGGUGGCGUCAGGAAACAGACUAUAUGUGGUCGGGGGGUACUUUGGGGCUCAGAGGUGUAAAACUCUAGACUGUUACGACCCCUCUUCAGACUCUUGGGACAGUGUGACCAGCGUGCCCUACUCCCUCAUUCCCACCGCCUUCGUCAGCACGUGGAAGUACCUUCCAGCAUAGAGACAAACUGACUCUGAAGUUUCUACAGACUUGGUCGGUGUCUGGUAUGCAGCCAUGUGAGGAAGAGUUUGUGUAUCCCCGCUGAGGCUCCAUCCAGCCUGAUUUACAAUAUCUUCAGAGACAAGAAGUCUGCGGCCUCCCUCCACCUGAUCUGUUUACUCGGACUCCUUGUGUAACUUUCCCAUGUAGCCCGAGCUGGACUCGUUGCCAUGUGCACGGCAGGGACAUCGCAGUCUCAAUAUAACAUGUGAAGCAGAGAGAGCAGGGAUGUGUGGUUCUUCUGGAAGCAGGUUCCAUUCUCUGCUUCAUUUUCCACUGCAAUGACAUCUCAGUGUGUUGGGGGAAUCAGCUGAUUGUUGUGAUGCCACCAUCUUCAAAUGGACGCUCACUGAAUCCUUAAAGUGCAAAUCAACGACUAAACGUCUGCUUAAAGCAAAUAAAAUAAAAAUGUAAAUAAUGGUAGCUUUGCCUUAAAAAAGGUCAGAUUCGUGCUGAAUGCUAAAAUGAUCAUGAUGAAAGACCUGUCUCCACAUAGUGCUUUUUUAUGAGCGACAACAUCUUUGUGUACGUGUUUCCAAUAACUAGAAAGUGCAUUCUGUUUCCCACGACCGCCUCAAGAGAAAGCGCUGCACCUAGCGUCCUUUUCUGAGCAGGCUGGCAUUUUUUUGCCGACGCUACUAUCGCUUAAGUUAUAUAUCCGAAAUAUUUUGCAUUUACCAAAUAUUGCACUUACUGCGAUUUUGAAUGAUACCUGCCAGCUCAUUGGGAAAAGAGAGGCAACACAAAACCAGAUUGACUUGGUCCCCAACGAGCUGGGGCGUAACAUAAAUGGGUUUUUUAAUUCAUUUCAAUUCAUUUUGCAACCCUACCGGAGAUGGUGGCAAAAAGAAAAACAUUAGCUACCAUCAACCAGCAACUUCUGCUAAUGGAAAACAAACGAAAAGUGAGUUGUAUAGAAUCGUACCAUGCAGGGAAAAUGCUUCAAUGUGAGCUCUGGGCUUCAAAUCUUCUAACUUUCUAACGCCUCCUGAGAUGAAUCUGCUACUGCUCAUCUGCAUAAAUCCACAUGUGCAUCAUCCUGCCGUCAGAUGUCCACUUCUCCAGACUCUGGAAGGACUUCUGUGUCACUUUGACAUGUUGUUUGACAUCAGACUAAACAGACGUCAGCUGGAGCUUUGUUGUGGUCUCUCUCUCUGAGCGUUUCCUCAGGUGUAAUUUAAUGAAACGCUGAAUUAGACCUUUGGCGUGUGGUCUAGUGCGUUGGUGUUAGGGUCAGGGGAGCACAGGUUCAAACCCCACUGCAGUCAGCAUGUCGUCGUGAGACAAAGUGCUCCUGUGGGGAUUGUCCACAGUAUGUAUGUAAGUCGCUUUGGAUAAAAGCGUCUAACAAGUGACAUGUGAUGUAAUGGGGGAAGCAGAGAGGAUUUGGGGAAGCGUAUGAUUUCGUGCACAGAAACAAACCUCCUGUCUGUAUUUUUAGCCGUUGGACUCGGGCUUCCCUCAAUUUUGGUAAAGCUAAAUUUGUAUCUUUCCUCCUCGAACUGAAAAUACACGCUCGCUAAAGAGAGAAUGAGGCGGGGGGAAAAGAUGCUUUUCUGUUUCAAGAUGUUAUUUCUAACUAUGAUUUUGGCUACUGUGUGUCUCAGGGUGUGUAUAGUUGUGCCUGUUUUUGUUAAAGGAAGGUUUUCUGUCCUCUUCUUGUGUGAAUGUACUUUUUGCGAUAAACACUUUACUUAUUACGGACUGAACUCUUACAUUGUUCUUACAUUUAAAGCUUAAACGUUGCCAAAACCUGAAUAUCUAACCUUCGUUUCAUUCUGGAUUUAAGUAACAAGUAGUGUCCAAAGUAUAGGGAAUACUUUUUUAGCUAUGAUAUUAUUUCCUGUGUGUAUAGUUGUACAUAUUUGCUCUGUAAUGAACUUGUAGAAGCCUUUGAUUUGCACAUUUUGUACAAAGAAGUUUCUUAACGGUCUUAAUUUUAUAUCUUUGUCUUAACCCAGCUUGGGUAGUGUGAAUAAUCAAAGCAUUUUUGUAGCAAAUUCUCAACAAUCUCCAUUUUCUUCUGUGUGUAAAUAUCAAAUACACUGAUAUAUUAAGCUAUUACUGAUACACCAUUUGUUACUUCCUGUUCUACAGCCCAUAACUCGUCAAUAAAUAUCUUGUUGAAAACAUA